UGCGUGAAAAGGACGCAAGCCGCGGAAGCUGCCGCUAGCAGGAGCGCGCACGUAACACGUUGCGCUGUGCACGGAAGUAGCCAGCAAGAGCGUCUGCGGAAGGUGGCCGCUGUUUGUGUUCUGGGGCGUCGAGGAGGUUUCUUCAUGGCGUUGGAUUCAAAAGUGGAUUAAGUGGCCGAAAGCGUUUCCGAAACACAGGGCCGCCGGCGGACGUUUCUUCGACCACCGGAUUUAUCGUCUCGCAAAAGAGUGUCCCCUGGUCUUUCAAGCGCGGUGCCCUAACCUAUGAGGAUUUGCGCCUGAGGGCCAAAAUCGGAGGAGGAAGCCAGCAGCAGCAGCAGGAUGCCUCGCAGGACAGCGCGAACCGCCGCCGCAAAGCAGGACGCCGAGGCGCCGGCAGCCGAGGAUGGCAAGUCGGACGAGACCCCCGCUGCUACGGAAGGGGCCCCACGACGAUCUAGCCGACGUGCAGCUGCACGGCCUACCGAGUAUGCAGCCGCCGCCACCGGAGGGCGCACACGUCGCAGCUCCACGGCUGCCCAGACGGCAGCGUCUACGGCCGAGGGCCACCGCAGCUCGCCAGUCGAGUCGCCUGCCACACGUGUCAAGAGCGCCCGCCGUACUUCGGGGCCGGUGAACUACGAGGAGAGUGAUGGUGCGGAGGGUGAGGAAGAGGACGAGUACCGUGCGGAGGAGGAGAGCGAGAACGAGUCCAACUCUGGCGACGGCACCCGCAAGCAGCGCUCCAGUGGCGGCCGCGCAGGAGGUGGAGGACGGAGCGCAGGACGGCCGGCACGGGGCCAGGCUGCACCCACGACGGGCCGCAGGGGUCGGCGGGCUGCCAAGAAGGACGAAGACGAGGAGGAAGAGGAAGAGGAAGUUGUGACACCCCGGCGGAGAGGCCGCAAGCCGGCAGCCGAGCUGCGCAAGACGCCUGCCGCCGAGGAGCGCCCCAAGCGCAGCGCUCGGAGCACACGGGGCAGCCGUGCCUCUGCCACAGCUGCCGCCGAGGAGGAGGAGGAGGAAGAAGAGGAAGAGAAGGCGCCUGCCCCGAGCCGACGGAGGGGCGCCAAGCGAGGUGCCCAGCAGUCGGAGCCGCAGUCCAAACGGCGCAGGACCCAGAAGGGAGCCGACAAGAAAGAAGAGGAAGAGGAGGAGGAGGUUGAGGGUGAGGGUGAACAGGAUGAAGAGCCCAUGGAGACUGCUGAAGAGGACAAGGCUGAAAAGGAGUCAACCUCUGUGUGCUAUGCAGAGGCAGCAAAGGAAGAAGACGGAGCUGCUGAGCCGAUGGAGCAAGGCGAGGAGGCAGAGAACACGGAGGAGGCAAAAAACAAGGAGGCGAAAAACAAGGAGGCCAAGCCACCUGCUGCUGUGGCACCCAAGUCCCAGGACGGCACAAAGCUGGUGGAAAAAGAAAAGGAAGCUGCAUCCAGCAGUCCUGAAAAGAAGAGCUCUGAGAAAGCCGCCACUGACGCUCGUAGCCCCGAAAAGGUAGCAUCCGAAAAGCCAUCUCCUGAGAAACAAAGUCCAGAAAAGGAAGUCUUGGAAAAGCCAAGCGUUGAAAAGGCAAGUCCAGAAAAGGUCAUCUCUGUAAAGCCAAGUCCUGUAAAGCCAAGUCCUGUAAAGCCAAGUCCUGUAAAGCCGAGUCCUGAAAAGCCAAGUCCUGAAAAGCAGAGCACCGAAAAGCCGACUCAGCCAAGUCUGGGAAAACCAGCGGUAGAGAAGGCGAGUCCAGAAAAGGCAACCACUGAAAAGCCUUUGGCUGCAGCGCCGAGCCCCCUAAAGCCAACCACUGAAAAGCCUGCAGCUACAGUGCCGAGUCCUGUAAAGCCAAGCACUGACAAGCCCGCAGCUGCAGUGCCAAGUCCCGCAAAGCCCAGCGUUGAAAAGCCGAGUGCUGAAAGGCCAAGCCCUGAAAAACCAAGUUCUGAGAAGCCAAGUGCUCCAAAGCCUAGCACCGAGAGACCAAGUGCCGACAGACCAAGUGCUGAGAAACCAAGCCCUGAGAAGGCAAGCGUCCAGAAGCCGACACCAGAAAAGCCUGGCCCCGAGAACCUGAGCGCCGUAAAGGCAGCGACCCCUGCCAAGCCGGAUGCCGAGAAAUCGAGUCCCGUCAGGCCGGUUCCCGACAGGGCCCCCCUUCCAAAACCGAGUCCCGAAAAGCCGAGUUUCGAGAAGCCUAGCCCUGAAAAGCAGCCAAGCGUUGAAAACAAGCCGAGCGCUACAAAUUUGAGCAGUGUUCAUACAGCAGGUCCCGAGAAAGUGGCCCCUGCAAGGCCAGCGGCAUCCAGCCCGGAGAAACCAAGUAGUGCGCCAGUGAGAAGUGUGGACGUAACUAUGACGCCAGUGGAACCAGCGAAGCCGGCUGCGGUGGCCCCUUCGCCGUCCGUGACAGUUCCACCACCCCAGACUCCUCCUGCGCCAAAGCCAGCGCAUCCUCUACCCCCGGCUUCCGCACCAGCCGUCACAAUGCCCACGUUGGGACUAGCUGUGCCUAGAGAGAACGGGGAUGUGGGAUCGCAGCGUGGGGUGUUUUCGGUGUCUUGGCUGGACCUAAUGGCGGAGCCGAAUGUGGAGCGCGCCCUGCGUGCAGCGCAGGAUGUGGACGUCCUAGCCCUGCAGGGAGUGGAUGCGGUCCACUGGGGACCCUUGGUAGCCCAGCUGCCCGAGGGAUGCGAGCUGCUGCGGGGCACUGGGCUGGCGCUGGUUGUUCGGCGGUCGGCAUUCCGAGUGCUUGGCCACAGCAGCCACACCUUGCAGAGCCUGGUCGCCAAGGAUCUGGAGUCUCUGGAUGAAGCAGACCGGGAAGCAGUCCAGAACCACUUGAGGCUGACGCCCGAUGGCCACCUGCUCACAGUACGCCUGCAGCCGCUGCUUAGUGGCCAGUCACCGGCGAGCGACCAGCGACAGCUUGUGGUGGCUAAUGCGGCACUGAGCCCUGCAUCCCCGAGCAUAAAUGCACUGCAGGUGUGCUGCGUGGCACGCGAGCUGUGUCGUGAGGUGGGCGGAGGCGCCCCGGCCGGUCGUAUGCUGGUGGGGCGACUGCAGCUGAUGGCUGGCAGCCCAGCAUACCAGCUCUUGCGGGACGGCUACCUCGACGACGACAUGAUUGAGGAGCUGCAACGGCACCGCAAUGUGGCCUUGCCCGGACGUGAGAAUGCUGCCCUUGUGAACCUGCUAUGGAAGGCCUUCCAGCACCCGUCAUCGAGUUUACGCAGCUGCUAUGCUGCCAAGGCGGAGGAAGGGAUUCCUGCCCAGUGCCCCGCCAACUCACCGGCAUGGUUCAGCUCGGAGAACCUGCGGCUGCAGCAGCCCCUCACCGAAGGCACCCACCUUGCCCGGCUGGCCUUCUGCAGCCCAUGAAAGCACAGGGGAAGAAACCCCCCACAUUUUUCUUUUUCUUCUUUUUUUUAAUUAUCUCUAGCGUCAUCCGUGGUUGGACUAUUUCUUGUAGAGAUGGUGGUGCCCCUCCUGCCACCCCCUCCCUCCUCCGGACAAGAACUCUCUUCCUCAUCUGCAACAGCACGUGCUCUUCUUCCCCUCAAUCUUUGCCUCUGAAGCGCCAGUUAACCCACCCCUACUUUUGUUAUUGCAACCCCAAAGUCUCCUACGCUGUGGCAGGUUGGCCUCUCAUUUCGUCUGUUCUUCGUUGCCAAGGGUCGUCAUGGCUUUGGUGCUUGGAAGGCCGCACGUCUAGGCAUUGCUCUUCAGCUGACAUUAAAGACAUGACUUUAAAGAGCAAGAGUGCUCUGUUGCUCUAUCCUCAGAAGCUGUUAAUUCAAAGCAUUAAAUGCAGACUCGUGACUGAAAAGGUGAAGGGGCAAUCUAUUUACUCGAGCAGGGGGGGCCCUGCACGUGUAGAUGUGCAGAUGGAUGAAUCGUGUCCUGGCAAUUGCCUGCUUUUGGCACAGUUAGAGUGACUUGGAGCCUGUGGUUCUGGUAAACAUCUCUGUCACUGAGGGUGGAUUUUUAAGUUAACCAUCUAAUUGCAUCAACAGCUGACGCAUUGUGAAGGCAAGAAAACACACAUGAAAAUGCAGAGAUGAUAAGUUGGUAGCAGCACGUGGUUGUCGGGCACCCGUGAAAGCAUUAAAGCCAGGGAAAUGGUGCGUGGGAAAAAUUUGCCACACUCGACCCAUUGGCAACGUCUGAACAGGGGAAGCGAAUCCUACCAGCGGUGGAAGUUUUUCCUGUGUGAUGUAGCUGCUUGCUUGAGACAGGGCAGACUUGGAACGAUGAUGUGGAACACUGCAGCCUGGCUCCACUCGUGCAAUAGUGUGGACCGUCUUUUUGUCCGCCAUGCGGACAGGGUUGCGACGUCAGCCUAGAGAGACUCGCAGGCGCGAGGCUAGAGUCCGCGAGAGGCUGUGCUUUGAUUUUGCGAAGCGUCCACCCAGACGGCAGCUGUGGGUCCGAACCUUGGGCUCGCCCACUCUUAUGCCCAUCAGGACCGGCUCGCGGGGGAGACGUUCCAGCCGUCUUCACUAUUUUUCUGUCCGCGUUGUGUCUUUUCUUUUUUGUUAACGAAACACUUGUGUGCACGUUGCUGAUUUCCAUAUUCACCAUGUUACUUUUUUUUCUCUUAUGUUGCAGGCCUGAUUCUUCAUUGUUUCGAGUGAAAGUGCUCACCAUUUCCGACGCAUUUUUUUUGCUCCUAGAUGAUGUGUUACAUGAACCUUCCUUUGUGUGAUGCUUGUUUCUUGGCACGUUGGAUCAUUUUCUUCUGUCAUGCAUAUUUUAAUGUAGCUGUUGUUCACUGCAGCUUUCAAGCGUUGUUUACAAUUAUUUUGUGGUUUCCGCUGUGAAUGUGGGGCGUGCAAAGGAAUCAAUCAAAAUUGGCAGUUGUUUGUUUAGACUUCGCAUCAGUACUUCUAGUCGAGCCAUCGCCGGUUGCGCCAUUGCCUUCUUUUUUUUAAAGCUAGGCAGGGUGUGCAGGGAUUCAUGAAAUUGCAUUUCAAAAGGAUUCUGACCUUGGGCUUUUGAAAUUCUUGGACUAAUGUCUGUUAAAUUUCAUUCUCGUGUCUGAGGGUGUCGCACACAAUUCAAGACAGAUAAUCGUGGUUAAUAAUUGUUCUCGGCCAGUGCCCUGGCAUGCGAAGUAUACUGUGGCAAAAUUAAGCUUGAAACGGGAGCUUCUUGUGAAUGUGAAAAGAGAGAAAAGCAUUCACGUGGCUGCACUUGGCAGUUCUUUUAGUGCGGGCAUGCAAUUUAAUUGUGAGUGCAGUUUCUGUCAUGUGCCGUUUUUGUUUGAAUAGUGUAUGCAUCAUUCAUUAUGUCUGCACGGGAGGAGAGCUGAAAAUGGCUGUAAAGAUGUGAUGGUUUGAUGAUGUCCCUGAUGCUGUCUUAAAAGGUUUGAGCAAAUAGCUGCAACUGACGUAGAUACUAUUUAUAUAAAAGCUUUUCACUGGGCAGUUUUUCAUUUCUUCCUUACUUUUGCACUGAUUGUAUGCAAAGUUUUAUUAGAAGUAGAAUGUUAAGUUUCAUAAGCAUUGUGUAUCUGUCAAAAAAAAAAAAUUACGAUGAGUGCUGCUGAUUACUUUUUAGGCAAGCCAUGUGACAUAUUUUAUGCUUUGUUUUCGUAAAGUACAAACCUGGCACCUACUACGCGCAUUAUGUCAUGAAUGACUUGACCAUCCGAAAAUUUCAUCUUUUACGGUGUGUGUGUGGUGUGUGCGUGUGGCGUGAGUGUUCCAUGCCCCUGGGAACCAGUAGUCCUCACGGUGACGUGUUUUUAAAGAGAGGCUGGGUCGUGGCCUGCCUCCUCCUUCCCCGAUCGCGGCAUCCAUUCAGUUUAGUGGCUACUGACACCUCCCCCCGACCUAUCAGGCUACGAGGUGUGCGCAGUGGUUUGCAUCGACCUUUCCUCGGGCUGCGCUUUUCUUCGAAAAUUGCCGCAUCGACUUGGCAUCACUGAGCCGCACUUCUGCCCUGAAGGACGAAGCGUCCUCUGGGGUAGUGCCGCGAGUGUGUGGCGGAUUGCAUCACCUCCCCGGUGUUUUUGCACUUGGUGCAGCCUCCAGGUGCAACGGCUAGGUGCAACCCUGGCACUUCUCGCCCACUUGCGUGGCAUUGACCUUCGACCUUUUUCCUUUGUGUGUACCGCCUGCUGUACGGAAAUAAAUGUGGCAGUUGUAUACAAACA